GCCCAAACAGACCUCAACUCCAAACAAGCGGAGCACCUUCACCGGUCUGCCAAAGCUAGGCUAACCAAUUUUCUCUAACAGUAACUCUCAAUCUGGGUCAGGCUGUUCGUAUAAAGUGCUCCUCAUAUCCAAAUCAAUGACCAUGACCUGACCAAUGGACCGCUGCAGAGUCUGCUCAGAAAAAGAGAGUCUAUUUUGGAGGUAGAUCAUGAACGACAAACUAGUCUUCCUGGGCCUGCUGUACUUUGUCCAGGGCAUCCCCUAUGGUCUUCAGUCAUCACUGCUCCCUGUCUACCUGCGUGGAGCUGGUCACUCCCUCACCCGCAUUGGCUUCACAAAGAUCCUCUACUUCCCCUGGGUCCUCAAAGUGCUCUGGGCCCCUUUGGUGGACGGUGUCGGCACCAAGCGUCGCUGGCUGGUGGGAACAGUUUCUGGGCUGGCUCUGACAUGCCUCACCAGUGCUGCCCUGGCCCCAGAAGCACAUAUCUGGGGGGUAGCAGGAACCCUUUUGGCCAUGAACACUCUGGCCUCAGUCCAGGAUAUCGCUGUAGACGGUGCCGCAGUGGGGUUACUGAAAGGUCGCGGGGAGCUGGGUCUGGGAAACACAGCACAAGUCGUGGGCUAUAAAGCUGGUUCUGUGUUUGCAGGAGGUGGGCUGCUGGCUGUGAUUGACGUGGCUGGAUGGAGCUGGAUGUUCAUGCUGCUGACAUUCGUGUACGCAGGCGUGGCUCUGUUUGUGUGGGGGGCCCCUGUGCUGGACGAUGAGACUGUGAGGGGCCAGCAGGUGGAUGGCAGCAGAAGGGGAGGGCAGGGGGCAGAGUCUGUGAAGCCAUGGAGGGUGUGGAAGAAGCUGCUGGCUGUGCCUGGGACCCCUUGGACAGUCCUGUAUGUCCUGACAUACAAAUUAGGUGAGCAGGGUGCAGUGACCAUGUUUCCUCUCUUCCUGUUGGAUCAUCACAUGACAGCCCGGGAGCUCGGCUUCUGGAAUGGCGUCAUUGCCAUGGGCUUCUCCAUCUGUGGGUCGUCCCUGGGAGGCCUCCUCCUCGCACAGUUCAGCAUCGGGGCCCUGAUGAGGCGUGUGUUUGUGCUGAGAACCAUCAGCAUGGUUUUCCAGAGCUCUCUACUCACUGUGCUGGAGCCAUCGCCACUCAUGAAAGGUAUGGCCGUCAUGAGUAUGAGCAUCCAACACUUCCUGGGUGGGCUCAUCACCACACUCACCUUCACUACCAUGAUGCAUUGCACCCAGAGGGCCGAGGAAAGCAUUCAGGCUACCCACUACAGUUUCCUGGCGACCCUGGAGGUGUUGGGGAAGCUGAUAUUUAGCGCCCUGGCGGGAUGCGUGGUGGAUUGGUUUGGUUUCCAAGUUGCCUUCCUCUUCUUCCUCACCCUCUCCGCUGGGACGGCCCUGCAUGUGUGGACGGCCACCUUCACGGGUGCUCUCAGGGAACACCAACUCAAAGAGCAGCCCAAGUGAAAGCAUGAUCAGGGUCUUAAUGAGGGGCUGUCCAGUAAUCAGACACCUCAAUAAUCCUUUAAUACAGUAAAAUAAAACUCACGAUUUCAGCCAACAUUUCAGUAUAGACAAAGGGAUAAGUUUACUUUCUUGUUAUGCCAUUUCUGAAGGAGAAAUCAGCCAUGCUUCGAGUACUCUUAUUACAGAGUGUUUCUUUUGUUAUUGCACUGGCACAACUGGCCUUACUUUUUACUUAUUUUGCAUUGAAUUGUUUUGACAAGUCUUAAUAUUUACCGUAGCUUGAAGACACUUGCAGAUCCAGCGUAUGUUAGGAUAAGCACAUUUUUAUUAAGUUUUCUGGAUAGGACAGGAUAGUAAUAUCCAAUAAGAGUAAUGACACAAUGGUUGAAGAGAAAAGCUGUUUUUAUCAUCUGAGCCAUUUUAAUGUUUGAAAAAGCCAGCAAUAAGAGCUGCAGCCAAAAGCAAUACUGCUACUUAGUGAUGCUUGUUCCAUCAUAUUGUACUGUACAUGAAUAUGUUACUUUAUCUUCAGUUUUACGGUUUACAGUUAAAGCUAACAAUUCUCUACUACCUCGUAUCAGCACUGUAUGUUAACAUUAAUGAAUGUACAGUAGCUGCAACAAGUAGAGUACACAAUCAUUUACAUAACAUACAGCUACAGAACAUUCAGAGACCACUGUGAAAAUGUGUUUUCAUUUGGUUCUACUUUUUGGUCCAUGAUUGAGUAGAACUAAUGUUUUUUAGUUUUUAAAGCAACAAAGUGUAAUUUCAAACUUAAUCUAGAAGUACAAUUGUUUUCUAGAAAGAGAAUGGUGUCUCUUCCUUUUUAUUUUUUAAUUUUUUUGUGGAAUCACACAUACUAGACAUUAGAACAAUGAUAUGAAAUGACUGUCAGCAUCAUCCCACUUUUAAUUUUAACAUUAUUCUUAACCAUAUCUUCAUGAUGUGAAGUACAAGAAAUAAUUGAAAUGAGGAAGACAGUUUAAAAAAAUACCUACAAAAGAUAUCCAUAAAUACAUAAAUGGUGAAACAAAAAUGGGCAUUCAGGGAGGAUAUAGAUUUUCCCAUAACUCUUGAAAUUUGUUCUUCUGAAGCCACAAUGAAAAGGGGAUUUGUUCCAUUACACAUAUAUAUCAUAAAUUAUAUCUUAUCAGUCUACUAUAGUUGGAGCUGCUGGCAUAAGCCGUUAUUUAUUAUCACCUUCCUGACAGCAUUACUCAGUACUAUAAACAAGAACUUGAUUUUUUUAUUUGUAGGUGACAGUAAGAUUCCAACAAAAAGUUACUCUCACUUAAAAGUUAAGUUUGUCCCAAAAAUACUUAUUAAUGUCUAUUCCAUUGUCACAGAAUGUGUUGGUCACUUGCAUUCAGCACCAUGUAACAUUGGCAGCAGACUGUGGUUCUCUAGAGAGACAAGAGUACAGCUUUACAGUACUAGUUCACACACCAGCCAUCAGCUAAAAAGAAGCCAGAUAGCUGAUAUCAGCGCAGGGCAGGUCUUUUCAAGAAAUUCUCAGGAGGUGAUUGGAGGAACGUUCUGUCUGUCACAUUUGUGAUGGGCCAAUCAGAGCACGGGACAUAAUAAGGUUGUACAAAUGCGCUUCUCCUGAGCUGACACGAUACUGCUGCCGUACUUGGGAAUGGCAGAAUCCUCAGUGAGUAAAUUCAUGCCAAGGUCAGUCGGGCAACAUGCAAAAACAUCUUGCCUGCCAAGAAAAGCUACAUCCGAGCUAAUGGCUUCCGAGGAAGCAGCCAUUGAAUACACCAGCAGAACCCACCUAACCUUGCAAAGCAGAUGGAUCCGCCCGUUUCUGUGUUUUUCACUGGCGAAUCCAUCUUGCAAAGCUCCCGUCUGAACCGUUUGGGCCUGGUU